AUGUCUCGUCUCCGAAAGCACGAGCACGAGGUCGGUACGCUCGCGGGAGAGCUGGCCAAGCUCGUGCCGCGACACCGCGAGGAGCACGAGUCAGGCCAACUUGCGGUUAAGCACUUUGACGUCGCCGGCCACAUCAACCGGCUGUGCUCUGCGUGGAUCCAGGACGCGUUCAUCUUGAAAACGGCGCGCUUGGGCCUCGGCGAGUACCGCCUCUCGGACGACGACGUGUUCGUCCUGCGCGGCAAGGGCACUCCCGAUCACCCUCUCGUCAUCGUCGUCGCCAGCUUCGACGAGAUUGUGCGCGCGGUGACGUGGGCCAACGGCGCGUUCGAGCGGUUCCAGAUCCCGCACGCGCAGCGCAAGGUGCCCGACGGGCAGCUGUACAAGCUCGCGGGCCCAUCGCUCAUCGCGCAUGACGCCGUCAAGGACAAGCGGCCCGAGCAGUCCAAGCCGAGGGGCAACUCGUUCGCGGCGGGAUCGUACGGCGGGCCCCACCGCGCUCCGUACUGCAUCGACACGGCCGCCUGCCAGCAGUGGGACCGCGCCGCCCUCGUCUCUCUUCGUCCCGCUCGGGGCACGAGGAUCGUCUGGCAGCUCGUCCACACGCAGCCGUCGAUCGGCACCAUCGUCGAGUGCGCCGAGUCGCCCGACGAGUCGCCGCUUGACGACCACGGCGCGCUCCGUCCCGACGCAACGCCCGCCACCGAGGUCGCCUGGCUUUUCGACGUCGAGAUCGAGACGAACGCCGAGGCCUACACGCAGCAAGCGCAAGAGCGAGCGACCGAGACGCUCUCGUGCCACAUCAUCUUUUCGCGGCGCAGUCGGCAAGCCGUCGAGCGCGCCCGUUCUCGCCUCGACCUCUCGGAAGAAGCAUCGCUCACCAAGGCGCGGUACAUCGUCGGCGCAAGGGGUGCGGCACGUGUGCGGGCGUUUGUCUAG